UAGUAGCGUAUGCUUCGGCUAUGUCGCUGAAGGACAUUCGGUUAUCUUCUCCAGAGGACCCGCGUGCCAAUGAAAAGGUCGUGAUUAAUGUUGGUGGUACACGGCACGAGACUUACACAGGUACUCUUAAAAAUAUCCCUGAUACAAGAUUGUACUGGAUCACAGAGAACAAAACACAGCUGCCGGAAUACGACCCUAAUACGAACGAGUAUUUCUUCGACCGCCAUCCGACCGUGUUCGCGCAAAUUUUGAAUUUCUACCGUACGGGUAAGCUUCAUUGCCCCAAUGAUGUGUGUGGCCCGUUAUUUGAAGAGGAGCUGGCGUUCUGGGGAAUUGAUGAGCUUCAAGUCGAAUCAUGCUGCUGGUUGAAUUACAAAAAACAUCGCGAAGCGCAAGCGAAUUUGGACACGUUGGACGGGCAUGAUUCUGACAGAGAUAGCCUUUCCGACAUGGACAUGACCGUGUACGGCCUGGUCGCCGAAGGUAUUAGGAAUAGAAAUCGCUCUUUAUGGAGAAAAUAUCAGCCUAAAAUUUGGACCACAUUUGAGGAGCCUUAUUCAUCUCGCCUGGCUCAGGUUAGUGACAAAGAUCUGUAUAAAAGAAAAACAUGAUUCUAAUUUGCGCUUCAUUUUGCUUACGUAUUGUCAAUAUUGUUCAAUUUUACACGAAUCGCUCAAGAACUGCAGAACUCUGCUUGACGCACCUAUGUGAUACGUAUUAGGCUUUGACCAUUUUAUUUAUUUGAAUCUUAUAGCUAGAAUUAGAGUCGUUUAGUAUUGUGUGAAAAAUAUUUCGGCCAAGGUCAGUGUUAUUUUGGUUUCCAAGUGACACUAGCGAUAAACUCUUCGGAAGGCGCAUGAUUUACCACUAAGUAUUUUACGUGUGUACACUCGGUAGCGACAGAACACGGCGUCUGAUUAACAACCCGGUACUGCACAGUUUCUUUUUCAUUUUCUCAUUAAUCUGAAUGUGAUACAAAACUGUGGUAUAUUUUCUACGAAGAAAUUUUCGCCAAUUUAUCCAUAUAAGCGACGCGUUGCCGCUUUGUCAUUAUGCAAUCCGCAUAAAGGAGAAAGUGAUCGUAAACGCUCAAAGGCGACGUGGUAGUGUUUAUAGUUAAUCGCUCUCAAACAAACAAUCUUAAACGCGGACACUUAGGUCGCUCCAGAUUAAAUCCUUCUGCGGAAUUAUCCCGUUGAUAUUUCCUCUGCUUUUACGAGGAUUUACGGAUCAGUCACUCUGACGAAGAAGUCAUAUUAAUAAACAAUAUGAGUUUGCGACCACAGAGUGAAACUGAAACCUGAAUUUCAACCAAGGUUUGCGGCAGGUGGCUGGCGAACACGAAAAAAGGAAAUUAAUUCGAAUUGAAGUUUUGCAUGAAGUUUUAUCGUGAAGUUUUCCAAAAUGAAAGCUUCUCUGACAGUGUUUUAUGUUUAAAUGGAAAAAUUAAUGAAAAUUUAUGGUAAAUUGGUGAUUUUUUGACACAAUAGUGAAUUUGCACUGUAGUAAAUAAACCGCUAUCGCGUUCUUCAUUCGGUGGUCGACAUUUUCUUGAAUUUUUCCUUUUAAACCCCUUCAUUUCUAAGAAAAAUCGUUUUCUGUGCUUGGCAAAGUGACCGCGAAAUUACCGAUACUUAAAGAUCUUUAGUUCAAUCUAUUUUGAAAAUCAAUUUCGCUCUAACAUUAACUAUAGUUAUAAACACGAUUUAAAACCGCUUGAUCACGCAUGCGUGUUAGGUCGGUCAUCAAAAUGGGUUGAAUGAAAUUUAAUCUGAGUCAGUUUUUGAUCGUUUUCAAGUCAUAAACACACGGAGCUUGUAUAGAAUAAAUUGCUUAGUAUUAAGGUAGCGUUGCUGUAACAAAAUAGAAAACUAUCAGCACCUGCUUCGGCCUACGCGAUUUUAAUUUUCUAAAAGAAAAAUGAAGGUUGAGUUCCGUUGCUUAAUAAGAACUGCACUUAAAUAAAAUAAAUUAUAAAAUCUAAGCAGCGAAAUAAGCAGUGAACAGAUGUAUCUACUCUUUCUCUUACGCAUGUAAUUAAAGUUGUGGAUGUCACCAUUUUAUUCCAAAACGUCAUGUAGUAAAGUGUGAAAUUUUUCAUUUAUUAUCUCUUAAAUCUCACUAGGUUAAGCUAAAUGACGGAAGCAAACCACACCAUAAU